AUGCCGCCCACCGUCAUCUCUGACUCGCGGUUCGCCGCGCUCCACUCGGACCCGCGCUUCGCGUUGAAUUAUCAACUUGUAACCCCUGGACUCCUCGCCACCCGUGCGUUGCCCCCCCAGCGCGUGGCGGUGCGCGAGACGCGCGUGGCGGUGGACGCGCGGUUCGCCGGCAUGUUCCGCGACGCGCAGUUCAGCGAGGCGGGCACAGUGGACAAGCGCGGGCGGCGGCGUGAGGCGCAGCGAGGGGCCGACCUGAAGCGGUACUACCGCGUGGAUGAGGUGGCGGCGGGGGAGGCGGGGGAGGCUGGGGACGGAAGAGAAGGGGGGGAGGAGGAAAAGGGGGAGGAGAAUGAGGGAAGUAGAGGGAGAAAGGAGGAGACAAGGGUGCAAGAGGAGGAGGAGGAGGAGGAGGAGGAGGAGGAGGAGGAGGAGGAGGGAGGAGAGGAGGAAGAGGAGGAGGAAGAGGAGGAGGAGGAGGAGGAGGAAGAGGAGGAGGAAGAGGAGGGUGAGGUGCAUGAGAGUGGGGAAGAAGAGGAGAGGGCGGGCUCAGAUGACUCCUCGUCCUCCUCCUCUUCAUCCUCUUCAUCAUCAUCAGGCUCGGACAGUGAAAGCGAUGAAGAGGAGUCCACCCCACAGGUGCUAGCCUUACUCCCACCCCUCUCUGCUCACCUUUUUCCCCUCUUCACCCCUCUGCCCGUUCACCCCUCUGCCCGUUCACCCCUCUGCCCGUUCACCCCUCUGCCCGUUCACCCCUCUGCCCGUUCACCCCUCUGCCCGUUCACCCCUCUGCCCGUUCACCCCUCUGCCCGGCAGCAGGUGGAGGAGCGCGUGGAGACGGUGGACGAGGCAACGAGGCGCCUGGCGCUCGUCAACAUGGACUGGGAUAACGUGCGGGCAGUGGACAUCCUGGUGGUGCUGCGCUCCUUCCUGCCGCCCGGGGGGCGCAUCACGGGCGUCACCGUGUACCCCUCUGACUUCGGCCUCCACCAGAUGCACGCCGAGCUCGAGCGCGGCCCUCAGGGGCUCUUCCAGCCAGGCAGGGGGGCAAAGGGGAGGGCAGGCGGGGGGGCUCAGGUGCAGGGAGGCGAGGAGGGGGAGGAAGGGGAGAGCAGUGAGGAGGGCGAGGGCGUGGAUGCGGAGAGGCUGAGGGAGUACGAGAAGGCCAAGCUCAGGUACUACUACGCAGUGGUGGAGUGUGACAGCGCGGGCACGGCAGCGCACGUGUAUGCGGAGUGUGACGGCAUGGAGUUUGAGAACAGCGCCAACCAGCUCGAUCUGCGCUUCAUCCCCGACGCCAUGGCCUUCCAUGACCGCCAACCCCGCGACUCCUGCUCCGAGGUGCCGGGGGACUACGAGGCACCGGUGUUCACAACGCGCGUGCUGCAGCACAGCACCGUGAAGCUCACGUGGGAUGAGGACGACCCCACCCGCGUGCGAGCGCUGCGCCGCAAGUUCGCCGCCGACCAGGUGGCGGAGCUGGACUUUCGAGACUACCUCGCCUCGUCCUCGGGUGAGGAGGGGGCAGAGGAGGGAGAGGACGGGGAGCAGACAGCAGAGAACGGGCAAGGGAGGAAGAAGGGGAAGGGAGGGACGGAAGAGGCAGAGGGGGAGGAGUGGGAAGGGGGGUCGUCGGGGUCGUCAGGCAUGGAGGGCGACAUGGAGGUGACGUUCACCACGGGGCUGGCGGCGCUGGGCGACAAGCUGGCACGGCGGCGCAGCGAGCAGCAGCGCAGCGGCAGCGAGACGGUGUUUGAGGCGUACCAGCGGCAGCGCAGGGAGCGCCGCAAGGAGCGCCGCCGACUGGCCGAGGCGAGCAAGGCGGCAGGACGGGGCGCAGGGGGGAGUGCGGAGGAGGGAGGAAGCGACGACGACUUGUACGACAGCAGGCGUGUGCAGCAGGAGGCCGACCCGUUCUUUGCUCUCCCUGGCGAUGAGGACCCCUUUGCCGACCCCUUCUUUGCCUCCACUGAUGCCGGUCAUGCUGCUGCUGGCACGACCACAAGUGGCAAAGGCGGGGCCGGAGGGGUGAAGGGAGCCAGGGAGCAGCGCGGGGCACAGGGCAGAGGGGCGAGGGGGGCGCAUGGCGCAGCGGGGGAGGAGGAGGCUGACGGGGAGGGAGGAAGAGCGCGGUCGGUGGGUGGUGGGGGCAAGUUGGGGAGGGGCGGAAGGGAGGGGAGGAGUGUGGAGCAGGUGGGGGCGGAGGCGGGGCGGGGUGUGGACGUGGACGUGAAUGACCCGCGCUUCGCUGCGCUCUUCACGUCUCCGCACUUCGCCAUCGACCCCACCGACCCCCGCUUCCACAGGUCGUCAGCCCCGCAGCGCCUGAUAGCCGAGAAGCAGCGCCGCCGCGUGCCAAGUGCAGCAGUGGGCGGGGAAGCAGCGGGUGGUGGCAGCAGUAGCAAGGGUGCUGCGAGCAAUGGAGAGGCGGAUGGACGGGGGCUGGGAAGAGGGCGGGGAGCUGGGGAAGAGGUGGAGGGGAAGGGUGGGACUAGUAGAAGAGCGGAGCUAAAUGUGGUUGUGAAGAGUCUCAAACGCAAGAUGGGGCACGGUGCACACAAGACAGGGCCCGGGACAGGCAAGGCAGGGCCGGGCACAGGCAAGGCCGGGACAGGCAAGGCGGAGGGCCUGAAGAGACUCAAGCAAUGA